CAACAACAACGAUCAGCGAAUUGGAGAGGUGUUAUUAUUGUGUUUGAUUAUAAUAGAAAAUCGAUACGACAAGAAGAAGAAGAACACCAACACCACCGAUUUUUAGAAAAAUCCGAGAACGUUAAUUUGGAGAGUAUAGAGUGUGUACAUAGUAUUAUUCUCUCCUAUUUUGAAAAAUGUUCAAGGCUCUGCGUAACUAUUGGAACUAUAAUGAUAUUAUAGAUAUUAAUAUAAACGAGAGGCUGAAAUAUAUUCACAAUGACAAUGGAACUGAUGAAAUGAACAAUAGAAUAUCAACCAUGUUGACUGAUAAGUACAGUGACAAGGUUUUUGUAUUCAAUUUCACUUCUAAACCAUUUCCUGCCGUAACGACGAGACCAUGUUUCGAAAUUGGUUCAACUCCUGUCAUUAGUGAACAUUUCGAACAACUUCCAGUACUUCUUUCCCUUUCAUCCAUGAUUGAUAAUUUCCUCCUAAAUUAUUCAACUUCCAAAGAUUAUUGUAUUGUUAUUGUUGCAUCAACAAAAACAACUUGUUAUGCACUUUUAUUAGCAGCUGUAUUUGUUUCAUAUACUGAUUCUAAAAUGUAUAUGGAUAUGUACGGAAUUGAACAAUCUAGUCUCAAAUCUCAUCAUCCAGAAAGAACAGUCACAACUGUUGUUUUAGAUGGAGCAGGAGGUUCAUCAUCUAAUCUGGCCUCUGUUAGUGUAAAUUCUCUUGAAAAUUUGGAUACUUCUGAUCAGCAACAACCACAAUCAAAUUCAACAGAAGUUUCACCUAAUGUGGAACCAAAUCAAUCACAAGAUAAUGAAGUUAAUAUUACAGUUACAACAGCAGAUGAAGAAGAUGGAAAAGUGCUUCUCAAUAAUAAUGAUCUUGAUGCAGUUUCUACUACAAGUAACCAAACAACAACCACCACAACAACAAAUUAUAGUCAGAGAAUUUUAAAUACCAUGAUGAUUUUGAACCAAGCAAGAGAUAUUGUAUAUACUAGAUUAGAAAAGAAAUUGAAUCCAAAAUCUAUGACUCUUUUGAAGAGUCUUGAACCAUCAGUUUAUCGUUAUGCUAAUUUAUUCCUUAUUUCACUUCAAAGACCACUCACUUUGAUGGUACACGAUGUUCCAAUGUUGACAUUUUCUCCUUCAGUCAACCCAACAUUUAAAGGUUUCUUUAAACCUUCAGUAUUUAGAUUGCAAUGCAUUUCCAUGAAUAGUUCUAGGUUAUGUGUAAAACAUUCUAAUCAUAAUAUGGCAACAUCAAUGGUUGAGUCAACAUCACGCGAUAGAAGAAUGAGUUUGCAACCAUCUAGAACAACACCUAAAAGAGAUGAAUGGCUUGCAAUUAAAGGUGAUGAUGAAGAUACAGUUCCUGACAGUCUAAAUUCUUUCCAAUAUAGAAAGUUAUAUUUCGUCGUAAGAAAACAAACCGAUAUUUUGUUUUCUACAUUUACUACAGCUUCUGUUAAUAAUGCUCCAAGAGUUGAGAGAAGAAAAACAUUUAUGAGUUCACCAAGAGGUGAAGAAAGACCUUCUACAAGAAUUGAAACAUGGUUCCACUAUACAUUACCAUUCAAUGAAAGCAAACCAUUGAUGGGAGAUUUUAUUCUUCUUGCUUUUACAAUGGCUGACGAUGGUAACAUUAUUUCUCUCUUUAGAUUUACUUUUAAUACUCUUUUUUUAACAAGCACUGUAGUAGUGGUAGACAAGAGUGAACUCGAUUGGGCUCACAAUUCACCAAGUUUCUCCGGAAACUUUAAACUAGAGUUAAACUUUUCAGAAAUUGAUUGUGCAAGUGAGGAAGAUGCAGCUGAUCUUUCAACAAGUUAUUGGACUGAAUUAGUUUGUUCACUUGAAAAGUGUCCUCAUUUCUUAUCUAGAACAACAGAAAUUGAACAUGCCAGAUAUCUAAUCUCGACAAAACCUUAUGCUGAUAUGAAUAUAGUAGAGGAAGAAAAGGAACCUGAACCAAGUACUACAACACAACCAACAUCUGUAAAUAAUUCUCCUGUGCCAAAUAGUAAUAUUCCUUUACCAUCUUCCAAUAUUCCACUUCCACCUGGUGGAAGUAAUAUUCCUCCACCUCCAGGUAGUAACAUUCCGCCUCCACCUCCAUUUGGUAACAUUCCACCUCCACCAGGCAUGGGAAUCCCUCUCCCACCUGGCGGUAUUCCUUUCCCACCUGGUGUUCCACCUCCACCUGGCGCAAUCUCUUUUGGUACUAAAAAGAAGUACAUUCAACACACUGAAGAAGAAGAGGUCAGUAAGACCAAACAAUUGCAUUGGAAGCCAAUCAAGAAAGUUGACUCGGAAUAUUCUGUGUGGAGUAAGAUUGAAGUUGAUCCUAACAUGAUUGAUUUGGAAAAAAUUGAAAUGUUGUUUGCUAAACAAACAAAGGCUGAAGAAGAACCAGAACCAGCCACUGGUGGUGCCACUCCAAGACAAGGAUUUACCUCACCAAGAGGCGGUACCAAAGCUUCUCCUAGAACUUUACAAAAAUCAUUGGCAACUGAAGGUAUUAUUGAUAACAAGACAGCUAGAAAUAUUGAAAUUAUUAUUAACAGUCAAUUUAAAUCUAUUAGUAAUGAAAUUGUUGUUGAAGCUAUCAAUAAUCUUGAUAUUACAAAGCUCACUAAUCAACAAAUUGAGAAUUUAGAACAAUUCACAAGUAGUGGUGAUACCUUAACAAUGAAGACUAAACUUAAGGGGUUGGAUCGCGAAGAACUUCCAAAGUCUGAUAUUUUCUUCUUGGAUAUUUUGGCUAUUGAAGAUGUUGCCUCCAAGCUUAGAUUGAUGAGAUACAUGUCAUCAUUCCCAAUCUUACUUAAAGAAGUUAGUGAAAAGAUUGAAAAGAAGAGAAAAGCCAUCGAGUGUAUAGUUAAUUGCAAGUCAUUUGCCAAGCUUUUGUCAUAUGUCCUUGCCAUUGGUAGCUUUAUGAACAGAGGUAAGAAGCGUUUGGAAGGUGAAGGAUUUGAUUUGAGAAUUUUGACUAAACUUAAAGAUACAAGAUCAACCGUCGAUAAGAGUACUACUUUGAUAAGCUAUCUUGUAAAAAUAUGUGAUGAAGAAACAAGAAACUUUGAUGAAGAACUCUACGAGGCAGGUGUGUGUAAUAAUGGUGUCAUAAUUACUGUUCCUGGACUUGUGUUGAAUUUUUCUGAAUUAGAAUCAAUGUACAAGUUUAUUUGUAAAUCCAAGCAAGAUAUUCCAAGAGGAGCCUAUACUGAUUCUUACAAGAAAAUGUUAGAAGAAUUUUAUGAACUCUGCCAAAAGGACUUCCCUUCAACCAAAGAAUCAUUUGAAAAACUCCAAAAGGAAUUCACUGCCUGUUAUGAAUUCUAUCACUUUGUUCCUGUUGAAUCCACCGACAAGCAAUUGGCAGAAGAUGAAUUCUUUGCUUUAAUUUCAGAAUUUGUUUUACAAUUCAAGAAAGCCAAGGAAGCUGUAUUCAAGUCUCAAGUAGCAGCUAGAUCUAUGAAGAGAUCUCAAUCUAUGAAAUUAGAUCUAAAUAGAGUUAGACCAGGCAUUGAAAAAUAAACUAUUUAAUUUAUUCUU